AUUCCGUUCAAGCAGUUCGACGAUGAUGUAGAAGAGAUUGUCUGGUUCGUCUCCGAGGGCGAUUUCCGGCGACUACACGGAGGAGCAACGCGACUGAAUUUUCGGCAGAUGAAGACGGCGGCGACUUAUGAGCUGACUGCGGAAGUCGGUGGCGGCCGGUUACCCAAUGGCAGCGGCGGGAGGCGAGUCUCCCGUUGGCCGCUUCAAGGGUGGUCAACGGUGGAGCUGAGUUCUCCAGUGCUGGACGUUGUCGGUGACAUUGAUGGACGGGCGGUGGAGCUUGGACGGCCAGGCGACGAUUGUUUGGAAGGCCAGUCCGGCGGCGGCGAUUUGAUGUCCGGGCGGCGUCAUGGUUGUGGUCGGGCGGUGGCGCUUAAAAGGCCGGGCGGCGGGGCUGUGAUGGUCGGCGGCGAGAGCCUGCCGGAGUGUGUGUGUUUAUUACCUUGUCCCCUGUAUACAAUGUUCUUUCUUUUUGUUCCUAAAGUAACAAAAAAUCUCUGUAAGAUCAUUUCGUUUACAUUGUAUACUUGGGGCACACUCAUAAUCUUGAAGAUCAUUUACUUGCUGCGUCUGAGUAUCAUGUUCAACUCCUUACUAGUGUAUUUGAGAGGUGAGUUCUCCGAAGAAGAAGCAACACAGGCUAUGAUCCAUAGCUACAAGCAUUCCUUUUCAGGUUUUGCUGCAGUGCUUAAUUCUACCCAAGCAAACGUCUUAGCAAAUACUCGAGGCGUGAUAUCUGUUUUCGAAAGCGGUGUACUCAAGUUGCAGACUACAAGAAGCUGGGAUUUCAUGGGUCUCUCACUCGACAGCUCCAAAGGAACUCCUAUACAGCUAAGUCAUGGUGAAGAUGUAGUUGUUGGGGUCAUUGACUCAGAGGAGCUCGACACGCGGCCCAUACCAAAGUCUUUCAAGGGAAAAUGCGUAGCCGGGCAAAAUUUCGACCCCAGAAAGGUAUGCAACAGGAAGCUGAUCGGUGCCCGGUACUACCUUGCAGGCUUCGAGAGGAGGUUCUGGCCGAUCAACAACAAGACGAGAGAAUACAGGUCUGCUCGCGACUCUGUUGGGCACGGGACCCACACGGCCUCCACUGCCGUAGGAUCGCGAUCCGACGGCGCGAGCUUCAUGGGGUUCGGGCAGGGCCUCGCGCGUGGUGGGGCCCCCAAGGCCAGGCUGGCGGUGUACAAGGCCUGCUGGAAUGUCGACUAUGGGCCAGUGUGCACGGAGGAGGAUGUGCUGGCGGCUUUCGACGAUGCGGUGCACGAUGGGGUCCACGUCAUCUCGGCAUCCAUAAGUAAGGAGCCGCCUCUGAUGGAGUUUGUGGCGCUCAGCAUAGAUAUCGGCUCGUUUCACGCGACGCAGAAUGGUGUGAGCGUGGUGUUUUCGGCUGGAAAUUCUGGGCCCGACCCUGCUCUUGUGGCAAAUGUCAACCCGAUAUGUAAUAUACAGAACUGGAGAAACAGAGAUGCUUCAGGCAAGAUACUGUUGUGCUACGCUACAGACGGAAAGUUGGAAAGUGAUGACGCAGAGUAUGCAGCCUAUAAAGCCAAUGCCUCAGCACUUAUAUUUGUCCAGGCAAUGACAUGGCCACUUGCCGUGGCAAGCAUAAUCCCGGUUGUACGUAUAGACGUUAUCCAAGGGAAAACAUUGUUUCAACAUUCCAACUUUGCCAUGGUGCAAAUAGUACCAAGUGAAACAGCUUUCAAUCGGUCGCCGGCACCUGUGGUUUCCAGAUAUUCUUCAAGAGGUCCAAGCUCGGUUUCCCCUAAUAUUCUUAAGCCAGACAUUAGUGCUCCAGGAACCAACAUAUUAGCAGCAUGGCCUCCAAACAUUGCUCCAUCAGAAUUCAAAUAUAUUGAUGAUAGGUCCGUUGAGUGGAACUUCUAUUCAGGGACAUCAAUGGCUUGUCCCCAUGUGUCGGGUGUCGUUGCCCUCGUCAAAUCUGCGCAUCCAAAUUGGUCGCCUGCAGCAAUUAGAUCUGCCAUCAUGACUACCGCUUAUAACACGGACGUAAGUGGUGAUGCCAUAUUAGUACAGGGAUCAACGGCAGCUUCGAAUCCUUUUGACAUUGGUGCUGGCUACAUAAACCCAUUAAGGGCAUUUCAUCCAGGACUAGUGUACGACAUGUCUACUCGUGAUUACUUCAUUUUCCUCUGCAACAAUGGGUAUACCGACAAACAAAUACAGGCCAUGGUCAACUGCAAACCACAUAGUAAAUGCCCGAGAACAUGUUCUGGUCCCCAACGCAAGCAUGAUUGGGACUUAAAUUACCCAUCGAUAUCCGUUUCGAACCUCAAAGGUCCAACAACGAUCAAAAGGACCGUUCGCAAUGUGGGACAUACCAAGCAAACUACUUACAAUGUUAGCAUUGUGAGCCCAAAUGGGGUUGAGGUUGAGGUUAGGAGCCCUUUGGUCGUUCAAGUUAACACUACCGUAGUUUGA